GUAAAGAUUUAAAAAAAAACAAAACAGGUAGGACAGAAACUAAAUCAAAGACAAAAACAGAAGAAGCGGAAAGAGAGAGCGUUUUUACUCUUUGGGGAAUCUGUCCAGCAGGUUGAAGAAACUCAGCUUCGUCUGCAAGUGAAUGAACUUGAACCAGCGGGACUGAGAGCUUCCUGGGAACACGGACCGGUUUCCACCCAAAGAGAAGGAGCUGCGAGGCACCAUGGCCGACAAUGUGAACGAGGAGUCAGAUUAUAUCCCUGGGAAAGAUGAGCUGGACUGGGGCUAUGAGGAAGAAUGGGGACUCCAUUUCCCAGCAGCCAACGGCGAGUACCAGUCUCCGAUUAAUCUCAACUCCAGGGAAGCUCAGUAUGACCCCUCCCUCCUGGAUGCUGGUUUGUCACCAAACUACGUGGUGUGUCGAGAAUGUGAAGUCAUCAACGACGGGCACACUGUCCGCAUCCUUCUCAAGUCCAAGUCAGUGGUUACUGGGGGUCCAUUGCCUAGUGAUCAUGAGUACGAGCUUCAUGAGGUUCGAUUCCACUGGGGCAAAGAGAACCAGAGAGGAUCGGAGCACACGGUCAACUUCAAGGCUUUCCCAAUGGAGCUCCAUCUGAUUCACUGGAACAGCACUCUCUUUAACUCGCUAGAGGAUGCUCUGGGGAAGAAGAAUGGAGUCCUCAUCAUAGCACUGUUUGUCCAGAUUGGCAAAGAGCACCUGGGUCUAAAGGCCAUCACUGAAGUUCUCCAAGACCUGCAGUACAAGGGGAAGAACAAGAUAAUCCCAUGUUUCAACCCCAACACACUCUUACCUGACCCGCUCCUGAGAGACUACUGGGUGUACGAAGGAUCUCUGACCACGCCACCUUGCAGUGAAAAAGUGACCUGGAUACUUUUCCGCUACCCCCUCACCAUCUCACAGCUACAGAUUGAGGAGUUUCGGAGGCUACGGUCACAUGUCAAGGGGGCGGAGCUACUUGAAGGAAAUGACGGGCUGCUGGGGGACAACUUUCGCCCUACCCAGCCCCUCAGUGACAGGACGGUCCGCGCUGCUUUCCAGUGACUUCCACUUUCCCGUGCCAUCUCAGUAAAACUCUGGGACCUACACAUACAAAAAUAGAAGGAGGAGAGGAAAACAGAGGGAUAAAGAGAGGAGUGGAAACGGGAAGAAAGAGGGGAAAUUAGUGUGAUAACGAACCCAAGGCAACCGGACAAUGGACAAAGAAGCUUUUAGCGUUACACUUUCACUCCACGCUUCAUGUGUGUGUGUGUG